UCAUGGUGAGAGGACGCAGAGGAUGGGAGUGAGCUGCUCCUCCAGAUGCCUCUCCCUGCUCCUGGCUCUCCACAUCGUCUCUGUGUUGCAGACAGUGCUGGUCAGUGCACAAUGUGACUCGGUGUUUAAAGGUUUCUCAGACUGUCUGCUGGAGUUGGGGGAGAACAUGGCCAACUACCCCCAGGAGCUGGACGACAGGGAGAACCUGCACAAGAUAUGCACUUACUGGGACGACUUCCACUCCUGCGCCACGACGGCGCUGGCGGACUGCCAGGAGGAAGCGACGGACCUCUGGGAGAAACUGAAAAAGCAGUCGCGCAACCUGGAUUUCCGUGGGAGUUUGUUUGAACUGUGCGGCGGCGGCAAUGGUGCCCCAAGAUCGGCCACCCCGCGGGGCCUCGGCCUGCUUCUAACCGCCCUGCCCACCCUACUGACUUGGCUGGCAUUUUAGCAGAAGAAGGAAGUGGGCAAAAAAAUAUAUAUAUAAUAAUAAAAAAUCAAAAGAAGAAGAAAAUACAACAACAGGAAAAACACACCAAUAAAAAAAAGCAAAUAGAAAAAGAGUGAUAGCUAUUCUUCGAUACAGAAAAAUACUACUUCGAGACAGAGGAGGGGACUGAGUUUGAAUUCAUCAACAGAAAACUAGAAAUCUGCACCCGAUAUGGAUUUUUAUUACGACGUCGGCCUGGUUUUUGCCAUCGCAGGACACUGGCAGGCCGUCUUCCUGGAGCGCUCAUCCAAUCACAUAUUUGCCUGACCUGGGGGGGUCGAUCACAUGAAAUAUUUACCAUGCUGUUGAGUUGAAAUGAUGACGGUGAUGAAAAUUUGAUGGAUCCUUGCCCGCUUACAAUUGUGGAAUUACACAGUAUUAAAAUCAACCAUGAAUUAUUGAUGUUUAGUAGGCUAGGCCUAGACAGCACCAGGUGACUCUGGGUGCUCACACACUACUGGGCUAUAUAUUAGGGAACCCAUAUAGCCUGUAAGGUAUAUAUAAAUAUAUAUGUAACGCGAGGCAGCACUUAAAAUCCAAUAAGACAGGCUGAGGCCUUGACUGUGGCCUGAUAUCCAUAUUUUAGACAGGCCUUUUCAUUUUGAUCGAUAUUUUUCUUUUUUUUUUUUUUUUUUUUUUAUUGCGCCAAAUUUACUAUGUCGAGCCUACUAGGUUUCAUGGACUGAAUGCUUGAUGGUGAUGUGAUAUUUGUAUUCUUAUAGAGUAUUGAUUAUGUGUAGGCUUCCCCAGCGGCCUCUCUGGAGCAAGGAUGUAGUGGAGGGUGAACCCACAGCUCAUGUCAUCCACCGUUUUAUUUAUCCUCUAGCGGAUUUUCAUUUCAGGCUGACGUAAAUCUGUACAAUGUAAACUCAAAUACAAACUCAAAAAAGGCCAUGAAAUGAGCACAAACUCUGAGAUGCAGAUUAGAUGUUAUAAUGUGAGGAUUAUGGUUCCUCCAUCACAAAUUAUCCAUCACAAAAAUCCAGCUGCUGGUCACAUGAAAAGGCUAACUAAUGCUUUAAUUUAGCAAGUACAGCAGGUUGGUUCAAGUUAGCUCAAAGAUUUGGUCUGAGAAUUGACCCUCAUUGGAGUUGAAUACUUCCUGUUUCUAGGUGCAUCUCCUCCAUUGAAUCCUUUCUUCAUGGGAAGUUUUUUCUCACUAGAAAGGCUACUUUACACAGAAAAUGUUAUUGCACUUUAAAGGUCCAAUAAUUGACUCAUUUUUAGCAAUAUUAAGAAGAACAAAUCCAGUUUUUGCAGUGACAGCUGUUCCACUGAAGAGCCUCUGCUCUGAUUGGCUGUCUCAUUUAGGGGUUGGGCUUACAGGUCCAAUGAGAAAAGCUAGAAAAGUCAGACAGAGCACGAGUGGGAGGGGCUAAUCAUGCGGUGCAUCCUGAGUGAUGUCACAAAGGACUACCAAUCAGAAACGAGGGAACCAAACAAGGGAACCCAAAGCAAAACUGGAGGAGUUUGAGCUUUCUCAUUUAAAAAAAAAAAAGGAUUAAAGAGCUCCAUGCAAAACGUGACCUUCAACACGCCAUUUCAUAAAACAGGAUCAAAUCUGAGAGUCUCAGGUGGGAAAGAACAAAUUGGCGAUUUUUUUCGCAGACGACACCUCGCUCUCCUCCACACUGUUGGCUGCGGCGGGUUCAUUCUCCCGCUUCAUCCCUGCUCGGCGUUACGAAAUCUAGUUAACCGAAGCUGUGAAUGCAGGCGAGACGAGAGGCUGGCUGCUGACAGAAACUUACGUGACUGUGUGUUUUUGAAGCAAUGACGGUAAUACGACGGCUGUGCUAAACGGCCAGUGUAGCUAUAAUAUCAAACCGUGGCUGAAGAGUGAUAUGACUGUUGCCAUUCAGGCCCAGCAGACAGCACAUCCCCCCUUUUCAUCCACCAGAAAUCCCAUACUAGACUACCUUAGCGGUGAGAUCUUAGGCCUAUAUGUUAGCUGAAAAACAGACAUAGUGAGUCCCAACAGUACAGUAGCACGACAAACUACAUAAACACAGCAAAUAAAUCCAGAAAGAGACGUUAAAAAAAA